AUGCUCAAGGCAAAGGUACUGAUAGUUGGUGCAGGAGGACUGGGAUGUCCUGUGGCGUUGUAUCUUGCGUGUGCGGGAGUCGGCACAAUUGGUAUUGUCGACUAUGAUGCCGUCGAGCUGGGUAACUUGCAUCGUCAGGUAGGUCACACCGAGUCGAGACAAGGAGUGUCCAAGGCAGAGAGCUUGGCCAUGUCUAUCAAGGAGAGAAACAGUGACAUCCAAACUAUUGUACACGAGACCAUGUUUACGAGUGACACGGCUAUGGAGAUUGUACAACACUAUGACAUUGUCAUUGACGCGUCUGAUAAUGUCGCCACGAGAUACCUAUGCAACGAUUGCUGUAUAUUGGCAGGCAAGCCAUUGGUCAGUGGCUCUGCUUUAAAGUGGGAUGGCCAACUAACCGUCUACAACUAUGGACCCACCUGUCCAUGCUACCGAUGUAUCUUUCCAACACCUCCUCCAGCCGACACUGUCACCAAAUGUUCUGAUGGUGGUGUAUUGGGUCCUAUUGUCGGAGUGAUUGGCAGUAUGCAGGCUUUGGAGGCCAUCAAGAUCAUCUCCAAGGUGGAUGGUGUUUUGGCCGGUCGUUUAGUCAUCUACGAUGGACAACAGGCCACAUUCAAGACUGUCAGACUCCGCACACGUCGUCCCAACUGCGUAGUAUGUGGUGACGCACCAACGAUUACCCAGCUCAUCGAUUAUACCCAGUUUUGUCAAUCGCCCUAUUCCGAGUCAUCUGGCAAAGCCGCCGAUCGAAUCGAUACCAAUCUUAUCGUCUCUUGUAAAGAUUAUCACCAACAUGUCUACACAACCAAUUCCCCUCAUAUAUUAUUAGACGUCAGACCGAAAAUACAAUUUGAUAUUUGUUCAAUCCCAAAUUCCAUCAAUAUACCAGUUGAUGAAUUAAACAAGUCUGACAAUAUCAACAAAAUAGAUCAAUUAAUUUCACAUGAUUCUUCAUUGCCAAGUAUGUUACAAAAACUUACAAAUCAAUAUCAUCAUUUAAUAUUAUUAUUAAUAUUAAUAUUCCAUUCCGAUUGUAUGUAUAGGGAAAAGGAAUCCAACGUUGUCAUUAAACAUAUCAGAGAUGGGUUAUUAGGAUGGAGUGAUGAUAUAGAUCCAUCUUUUCCCAUUUAUUAA